UGGAGAGACACGUGACUUGUAUUGCGAUUGCGUUCAGGAACAAAACAAAACAUCAAGAUUUGACAGCAACACCAAAGCUUUGCAACAGACUGACAGUUGAUGUUUUUAAGAAUAUUAUCAUUUAGGUGGUGGUUGUUGUAUUGUCGAGUCAGCUGCUGUUGUGAAUCUAGAAGGAUGUUUUGAUGAUCAUGUGGAUACCUCUGUGGAGAUGGAAGCUGUGAGACCCAAAAAAUCAAAGUCCAAAUCCAGUGGAAAGUCACAGGUCAAAAAGGAGAGACCACCUGAGAGUGUUAGAAAGCCUUUUGAAUCUUCUACAGAACAUAAAGAACCAGUAGAAGCUCCUGAGUCCACAGCUGAAUUCACAAAUAUCCCUCUCAGUCUUUCUGAUGUUCUUCCUGCCUCUGAUCUGAACCCAACCACCUCUCAAUCCUCACUAGACCAUAAAGACAAUGCUGAAAAGGACCAAGACAGAGAACUCUUGUCCAAUACAAAUGAAAUUGUAGAGAAGCCCCAUUGCUAUGAACCCACAGAGCUUAUAUCAUCUCAAGAUGUGCCACCUCAAGCAGAUACAGCUUUAGUAUCUGCUCGGCACAGCCAAAGUGAUCAAAAACAUCUUAGUCCCGGACUUGAGCCAUUUGUUGUCCCUUCUAUAUAUCCCUCUAUACCGGCUGCCUACACUGAACCUCAGCUCUUGGAGGACUCUGUGUCCUAUGGUCUGGUAGAUGCUUCCCUUUUGCCACUGGCUUCUGAGACAGCAGCCAACUCGGGUCAGAUAGCGCCUGCUGUAUUGCGUUUAGCUAACCAGGAAUCCUCCCCACCUAGCUUGGUUCCUGUGGAGGUAGCUGAUGUAGAGAAGCCCAAGGAGAGGCUUUACCCAGAGCUGCCAAGGUCCUGCCAAAGCAUAAGUCCCUUCACUAGUGAGCAGCUGCGGACAUGGGAACAGGGUUCCUGGCUGGAAAAUGUGCAGCUUCUUGAAGCGGAGUUCCAGAUUCUGGCCCACCAAGAGGGACACGAGCUGUACGAGCUACUGCUGAGCUACUGGAGGUGCCGUAAGCAGCUGACUCAGGCCCAAACUGAACUGCAAGCUGCUAACUCGGACUGCAAGAAUGUACAGAACCGCCUAUGGAGCUUCAAGGAUGAAAGGCUUUCGUUACAGGGUUUGUGUGCAGACCAGGUCAAGGUUUUUGGAUACCACUGCUACCAGCAGGUGACACUGAAUGAGGCAGCAAUAGCCGAACUGAAGCAUCUGUUUGCUGCAAAAGCAGAAAUACUCCAUCAGACGGUGGCCCUGCACUCCUACACCUCCAUUCUUUCCCGUCUGCAAGUGGAGUCUUAUCUUUACCACUUGCUCAGUAGUAACCCCACCACCAAAAAUGUGGCCAUACAAGAUACAAGCACAGUGGGUUCAAAGUCUCAGCCCUCCUCAUUGCAACCACUGAAGGAAAGCAUCAGCGUGCUGUUCAUCUUCACUCGGCGGAUUCUAGAUGAUUCUCAGUUUCAGACUGACAUACAUCUCUGGCUACAGAGGCUGGUGUCUGUGCUGCAUGAGGUAGGUUCUGCAGGAGAUCACCUGUUCAUCUUAAAUCACCUAUUGUGCUGCCCAGGAGGAGUUGGGAAAUGGGCUGUACCAUUCCUACAGAUCAAGGUAUUGGAUAACCCAUCUGGAGUGUAUCAUUUCAUGCAGGCCCUGGCUAUUCUCAUGUCCCCAGUAAGGCACCGUGCAGACUUCCUGGGACACAUGAAGCCCAGUGACCCAAAGGGCAACAACAGUCUUUCCGGACCUGCAUCUGGUAACUGGACACUGGUGGAUGAAGGGGGAGAGGAAGAUGAAGAUCCAGAAACAAGCUGGAUGCUGCUGUCUGAGGAUGAUCUGAUUUCUCUCUUCUCUCAGUUUCCCUUUGAUGAGCUCUUUAAACACUUACUGGGCAUCUGCUCUAAAGGCGACUAUCAACCUCAAGCCACCACCAGUCAAAAGAUGAUGAAGAUAUUUGCUUUUGCCUCUUCACUGAUCGAGCUUCUUGCCAUCGGGCUGCACACCUACAACAGAGCUCGUUAUCGCCAGUUUGUAAAGAGGAUUGGUCACAUGAUACGCAUGACCCUCUGUUAUGUAAGUGACCACUGGGCCCAGUACAUCAGCUUUACGGGUGUGAGCAGGACCACAAUGCAAGAACAGUCCUUUUCAAUGGAGAAGCUACAAGUGGAAUUCGACCAUCUCUUUCUUAGAGCAGUGCUACAUGUGCUUAAAGCCAAGAGACUGGGCAUAUGGCUGUUCAUGUCUGAGAUGCCGUAUGGCACACUGUCCAGUUCCAUGCUGUGGAAGAUCUUCUAUAUCAUGCAGUGUGCAGAGACAGAAGGACUGGAGAGACUCAGCUCUAGCUUGAGUGCUGAUGACUGUGUCCAGGGGCUCAGAGAUUCAAGCCACAAGGAGAGAUUUGAGAACUGGCUGUCAGAGAUAAACAGCUCAGAUGGAAUCUGCCUGUUGACCACAUUUGCUCACAUGGCCCAGCCCAGGCGCACAGAUGUAGACCCCGAAUUUGUCAGAACCAUAGUGCUCGAGAUAUAUGAGAUAUCUUACGUCAGUACUACCACUCGUGAGAUAUUCUCCAAAGUGGGCCGGGAGUUGCUAGCCGCUAUAGCAGCAGCCCACCCUCACAUCAUCUCUGUGUUGUUGGAGAGACUGAAAGAGACCAUAGAGAAAGUAGGCAUGGUUUCAUUGUACCUGUUUAAGGAGUUGCCUCUGCACAUGUGGACGCCAGCUGAAGCUGAGGUUGGGUUAAUCCGAGAUUGGCUUUUGAACUUCAACCUCACUGCAGUGGAAAACAGACUGGCCUGCAUCAUACUGGAGGGUCUAAACUGGGGAUUUCAGCCUGUCAGUAAUGGUUGCCUUGUUCUACCAGCUUCUUUGCACAGCGAAGUUGCCCUGUUGGUCAUUGAGGCAUAUCAAAAAUACCUCACAGACAUACCAUACGGUGGCAUCCUAUCUGAAGGCAUUAAACAGGUGUCUUAUCUGGCUAAUGUGGUCCGACUCGGCCAGACUCCGGAAUCCUCUUUUAACCAGUGGGCCUGGGAUCUGGUUUUAAGGCUGAAGCUUCAUGCCAAUGAAAGAAGUCCUCAGGAUGCCUGGUGCCCCCUGCCCUCCUCCACCCUCCCCAGUGUGCCUGAGAUCACAGAUUCUCCAACCAUGCACCCUGUAUUCAAAGCUGUCAAAGCAGGCAUCGCCAUUGGCUGCUUCCUGGCUAUUGAUAUGACCACCAUUGGACACAGUCUGGAGAAAUUCUGCAGUGAUGGAAUAUCACUGCUGAAGAUUCUGAUUCAGUCUCGUCAUCUCAAAGCUGCAGUACACAUACUGGAAAACAUACUGCCACUGGUCUACAGCUGCCAAUUCUACUUGCUCAAAAACGAACAGUUUCUCAGCUGUAUUCAGCUUUUCUUGCAGUUGGAUAGUGGGACUCAAGGUGUGACCCAGCAGGUGACACAAAAGGUGGCCCAGCAUCUUAUUGGCAUCUCUACAUGUGAGAACAUCAAAUUUCUCAAUAGUGUGAUCCAGGCCCAUAUUUUGGAGAGUUCCAGACCUGGACGUGUCGGGGUUGUCUCUGUUCUUGAGUUCUGGCUUCAGGUUUUGACCGAACAGAACCUUUGGCAUCGAGACAGAGCUGUUCUGUACCUUCUGGAUCAUCUCUGCCGUGCGGCAUUUCUUCACCAACAAGAGGAAUGUCUUCAGAAACUUCUCUACCAACAGCACAAGAGCGCUUUAGGUUACCACGGAGACAAAGGUUUGCUCUCAUCUUUUAUGGGCUGGAUAGUAGCAGGAAAUAUCACACCAUCCUUCAUUGAAGGCUGUGCUCUCACCGGAGAGGUGUGGUUUGCUUGGUUGGUCCUAAACAUGGAGUCAAUGUUUGAGGAAGACUCUCAGCUGCGACGGUGUGUGGAGCAUGAGCUUCUCUCUAACUCCUCAUACACACCAGAUCAGUCUCUGAAGAAAGCCCAGGUGCGUCUCAAGCUGCAAGUCGUCCCCUCCCUCCAGAGGCUGAUGAUCUACCGCUGGGCUCAACAAGCUCUCGCUACGCCUGCAGAUCACCCACUCCUGCCUUUGGUGUGGCAGAAAUUCCUUCAGCUUUACCUCCGUCAACCUGGACCAGAGUUUGGGCUGGAGGUGAAAGGUUGUAUUGGCAGACGUUAUUUCCAGAGUGCAGCUCAUCUCUCUCUGCUGAAGAGCCUCAGACAGAGGUUGGUUGAGGUGUCUGAUUUUCAUCAUGCUGCUAGCAAAGCUCUGAAAGUGCCUUGCUCCAGUGAUAAACCCAGCGACGGUCUGCUGUCCCCAGCUAGCCAGUUCAUGACCUCUCCUGACCUGCACACCGAGCUUGUGCGGCUCUUCAAUGUGUUUGCUUUGUGGUUGGAUGAUGAAAACCUUCAGAAGCAGGAAAUUUUUCUGCCCUCUUUGCCAAAGCAAUAUGACACCCAUCGCCUUGCCAAAAUCAUGCAGCGUCAGCAGGAGGUGUGGAUAGAGCAUGUGGACAUUGAACGAGUCCAGCAUGAGCUGCAGGAAGUCCUCAAUCUUUGGUCAAAGGUCAAAAGUGAACCUGUACCUUCACAGAACACCAGCUCCUCCAUCUUCACUGACUUCAUCAACCCUUUGGCUGCAAGAGAGCGUAUUCUUACUAACCUGAGAAAGCACGAUGCCCCCCAUGGGGCGCUGUUGCUCGUCCCACUAAAAGCCCCAGUGCCUGACAUUCCAACUGAGAGUCUAUCUGAUGAGAAAAUAUCAACAGCUUUAAUUCAGAAAGACCUUGCCAAGCUCCAGCAUCAAGCCAAAUUGGCAACAAUGGGAGAGACGCAGCAAGUCGCUCUAGACAAUGAAUUGUUGGAGGUUUUGCCUCAGCUCUACAUUAACAGAGAAGACCAGCUCUCAAUGCAGUUAGAGUGCCGUGGCAAAGGAGGACAGCCCUGCCAGGGUCCUGCACACAUCUCGGUUAAGUACUCAAGAAUGCACAAACUGGAUCCAGUGCAGAAUCAGAUCCAAUGCCUGAAGAAUGAUAUUAAACAGCUGCAGGCUGACGGAGUCAAACCUCCUCCACAGAGUCUGGCUGAGGCAGCUGUACACACAGAGAACUUCAUCACGGCUUUGGUUAAUGCUUUCAAACUGAAUCCAUCACCUGCCAUAUUGAAGGUGGGCAUCGCUGCCUUCUAUCAGAUAGUGUCUUUUGUAUGUGAGGACACACAGAGACAUCCCCCAACGCGCCAAUUCUUCACUUCCUGUAUUGAGAUUCUGGGUCAGGUGUUCAUCCGGGAUGUCCAAUCAGAAUGUAAGCACAUGCUGAAGACCAUCUUAAUGAACAGACACCUGUGUAACCUGCUGUCACCCUACUUCACCCCAAACGCUUCUCCUGCAGAGCUGGUCUCUCUUUAUGAGGAAGUGGUCAAUACUCUCCACAUUGACAGCGGUGAUGUUAUAUUUAUGCUCCUCACAAAGUUUGAUAUGACGCAGUGGCUGUCUGCGACACAGCCUUCGUUUUCUGAGCGUAGCCGACUGAUGGCGAUCAUCCAUCAGGCUCUUUGUACCUGUGGGCUGGAACCGGAGGCAGAAGUCCUCAUGCCCUUCAACAUCUUCUGCAAACACUGGACCGAACUGCUGCUUUACCAGUUUCCUGACCACUACAGCGACUUCCUGCGUUUACUGAUGCAGAGCUCUUCAGAACAGCUUCUCAGUCCAGACUGUUGGAGAGCAUCGCUAAGAGCACUUGGCUGCUCUUCUCAUCCUAAGACAAAGACAGGCAAAACCCGCUCCGUCCUCCUCUCCCCUCAACAGGUUGACGAGACAAUUGAGUGGCUGUCAAAGUACUUCUCAAAGCUACGUCUGUCCAAUGCAGACUUUAGGAGCUUCGGCCUUCUUUCAAAAUGGGGGCCGUAUAUUGAGGAGGUCAAGGUGUUCUGGGAAAAUCUGAUCAACUAUGCUGUUGAUCUGGAGCUGAAUAACUGUUUUAAAGAAUCAGUAGGAAGUCCAAAACUAGUCAGAGCUCUUGAAAACCUGCAUGCAAAAAUGGCAAAACUUUUUGAACCCUGGAUUCUGGUUCUUAGCACUGACGACACCAGUCAUCCUCGCUGUUCUCCAUGGCUUGAAUCAGAUGCCACAGCUGCAGCGAGCUUAGUGAGCUUAUAUGCACACUUGAUGGAGACUUUACAUGAGAAAUUCAAAGAUCGGUUAUUGCCAGGACAACGAGGAGCUAUGUGGCUUCAUCUUAUGCAUUAUUGUGAAACUUGCACCUCUCCAAAGAUGCCAGAGUACCUGUUGUACACUUAUCACACUGAGUACAGCCGUCUGCCAUGGAAGGACCUCCAUCCAGAUCAAACGCUGAUGAACCAGUUUUUUAAUGUGGAAAGGGGAAGUCCAAAGAGCUGUUUUCUGUUUAUGGGAGAGCUUCUGUGCCAGGUGAAUUGGGUCAGCGCACUGAGCGAUGCUCUCAGCCCCCAUCCGAGCCCCUCCGCUCAGACUAUGGUAGUCUCCCUCCUCUACCUAAUGGUGUUCUUGGCAAAAGAGGAUCUUCCUGUCAACAAACCGGAAGCCUCUGUCCUAAAUCUGCUCGGCCAGUCGGUUUCUCUGCCUUGGCACUUAGUGGAUUUUCCUUCUUAUCAAAAUGUCACAAGUUAUGUGAGCACACAUUACCCAGCAUCCCUCGUUCUUAAUCGUGACAUUUCUUCACAGCAAGUCAUCAAAUUGCUUAGAAUGGCUGCUGGAUUUGAAACGGAUGCGCAGCCUUCAAAUCACAAGGACAUGACUUUAAAGUGCCAAGCCUUCCUUCAUCUCAUGGUGCAGUUCCUGACCUCUCUGGAUCAGAAUGGAAACAUCAGUCUGGCAUCUCUAGAGACGGAAAUGGAGAAGUUACUGGAGUACAUUGUCAUUUUUAACCCUCCUGAAACAGAUCCCCAGCAGCGCCACAUGGCCAUCUGCAGUCUGUUUGCUGAGCUGCUGACUGUGCUGAAUGAAGCUGGUAUCUCUACAGCAGAGGGACUCGGUACUAAACUCCACUCCUGGGUGCAAAAGCGAGCCCGGGGUCCUUUGGUUCUCCCACUCCUAACCGCUGCGUGUAGAUGCCUGGCGUCAGUGCGUCAUAUGGCACGCACCACUGAGGCUUGUAUUAUGUCCUACUUCGCUGAUGGUGGAUGUGCUGAUCAGUAUUCUGGCUGGGGACCCAUCCUAGUAUCUCUCCAAGUUCCUGAGCUGACCGUUGAGGACUUCAUCCAGGAAAGCCUAAACCUGGGCAGUUACCUCACCUUGUAUGUCUACAUCCUUCAGAGGCUGAACUUGGAGCAGACUCUACUCAAUGAGAAGAAGACCUUAGUGCUGCUCAACACUUGGAUCAACCAGAGCUUCCCCAGUGGUCCGGCUGAUGAGGCAAAGCUGUUUUUGUGGUGGCAUAAGGUUUUGGAGCUACUGCAGAUCCAGGUGGAUCAAGGGGACGCGUGUGACCUUGACACUCUGAUUCUGAACUUAAUGGCGUUCCAGAACCGUCUGGCCCAGCUUGGUGAGGAAAGACUGAACUCUGGUAUCCUGGGUGCCAUUGGCCUUGGGAGAAAAUCUCCACUUUCUAACAGGUUUCGCGUUGUUGCACGCAGCAUGUCUGCAUUUCUGCUAGUCCAGGUGCCCUCAGAAAAUCAGCUACGUCUUCAUCCAAGCACAGACCUCCAGCUCUCAACUAAAGCCCAACAGGCCUUAGCUGUGCUGGAAGCAAUGCCCAGUAAUAAACAGUAUUCAGAGCUGCAGGAGGCUGUGAGUCAGGCCUGCCAGUUCAUCAAGUACCCAGAUCACUGCCUGCAUAAAAGCAACCACCUCUUAACACUGCUGGUAAACAAGCUGUAUGUGGAUCUUCAUUACCUGGACAUCAUCCGUUAGCUGUAAACUGACCACGGGGUCAUCGCCGGAAAUUCGCCAAAGACCUUCAUGAGAGAGAUGAUAUAACGGAGCUCUCUUUGUUGAAAAUCUACACAAUGGGUAGGCAGUCAGACAGAAAGGCUUUAGAGAUUCUCUGUUAAUGGACAGGAAAUGGAGGAAAGUUUUAAAAUCAUGAUUAUAGAUAAUAAUACAGUGGUCAUUCCUGAGCGCUGAACAUGAGUUUAAAAAUAACUCUCUUUCUUUUUGAUGAACAAUCUCAUCUUCGCCCCACUUUUUAUCUCUUUAAAAAGUAUAGGUAAUCCUAAUCAUCAAUGGUUCACACUGGCAGUAACACACUGGCACACAUGUCCACAGAGUUUAUGGUCUCAGUGUAUUGUAAUGCUCAUUGUAGUCAUUUCUGCAAAUGUGUACUGGCAUGGACACCUGGUGAAGAUAAGUAGGCACAAACUGAGCCCUUUCUGCAGUGGGACAAGGAUUUUUUGAUGCAUGUAUGAAUAUGGAGUUUUAAGAAAAUCCAUGAAUCAAUCUCGAGUAGUUUUAGUAUGCAGUAUAUAAAAUCUGAACACAUGCUUCUGUUCAGUUUUUAAGACAAAUAUGCUGGUUUAACUUGUCAUUUUGAGUUCAGAUUCACUCAAUUUCUUGUCAUUUGCUUUUGUCAUAAGUACAUUAGUUAAGAGCUCAUGCAAAUAAACCGGUAAUAGCUGGACAUUUUACAUUUAUUGAGCCGCUUUCUCACUUUACCCUUUGGUAGGGUCAGGUAAAACGUUUUGUUUGAUCUGGCCAACAAUCUUCAAAUGCUGGUUGCUGCUACAGCAUGAGAUUUGCCUAUUAAGUGCACUUAAUUUUAAAAAUACAAAACAAAAUACCUCCAUGUAAGAGCAUAUACAAUAGGUACAGCACACAUUCCUUUCCCCUGUUUAACGUUUUCUGUUUCUCCACAUGACUAUCACAGCUAUUCUUCGUUUGUAUAAUUAUAUACAUUUUGGAUGAAUGUAUAAUGUCUGUAUUUGUUUAGAUUUUUACAAUUCUAGAAUUAAUUUAAUUUCAGUACGAGAAAAUUUAUUUUUGUGACUGUUUGUAGCAUGUUGGCUAGGAGUUUUGAUUGGCUUAAGUUAAGGUCAAAGCUUUUGGCCAUGUAUUGCAUGCUCUUUAAAUUCAGUAUGUAGGUCAGAGGUCUUUCUCACAGCAUUUCAUUGGCUUCCAUAAUACUUUAUGAAUAUCAAACUUUUUACAUUGAAAUACCUUAUAUAAUUUUACUGUUUAAAAAUUGGUACAGUCUUACUAAACAUGCUCACAAUCUUUCACCACAAUCACAUUACAUUAGAAACCGAAAUGUUAGCAUGAUAUACACAUGGUCAUGUCACUGAGAAUAAUGCGAGUUGUUUUUAGAAAGCAGCUUUAAAAACAAGCACAAGAAACAAUCCAUAAGUUGUAUAAAUGUAAACUGGGAAGUCUGGUCUAGUUUUUAUGUUGUAUGGAGUUGCCUUAAGACUGUUUUCAAUGUUUUUCUGUCUCUUGUGCCAUAAUUGCUCUUCUGUCAUGUACAUGAAAAUGUAAAUGAUUACUAAGAUCAAUAAUACCUAAAAUCGUGCGUGCGUGCAUGGUUUCUUUAUAUGAUGUCUUCUCAGAGGUACUGUAAAUGGAAAGUAUGAGAUGUCUCCAGCACCAAACAGAAUAAUACAAAUAAAGAAGCUUCAUCCCUGA